AUGGACGGCAUGAACGCCAAGAAGACUGUCUUCAUCAUCGGCGCUACCAAUAGGCCGGACAUAAUUGACUCGGCGUUGCUCCGUCCCGGCCGCCUGGACCAGCUUAUCUACAUCCCCUUGCCGGACGAGGCCUCGCGGCACCAGAUCUUCAAGGCCUGCCUCCGGAAGUCUCCCGUGGCCAAGGACGUCGACCUCGGUGCACUCGCUAGGUUCACCGCCGGCUUCAGCGGCGCCGAUAUCACAGAGAUCUGCCAGAGGGCGUGCAAGUACGCCAUCAGAGAAGACAUUGAAAAGGACAUGGAGAGGCAGAGGAUGGGGAAAGACACCAUGGAGGUGGACGGCGGUCAGGAAGACGAGGUGGCUCAGAUUAAGGCGUCUCACUUCGAGGAGUCGAUGAGGUACGCGAGGCGGAGCGUGAGCGAUGCUGACAUCAGGAAGUACCAGGCGUUCGCGCAGACGCUGGAACAGUCUAGGGGGUUUGGCACCGAGUUCCGCUUCCCAGCGCAGCCACAGGCGGCAGAAGCUGCUGUCCACACCUCCGCGACAGCUGCUGCUGAUGAGGAUGAAGACGAUCUUUACAAGUGA